AACUAAACACGGGACUUCUUUCGAGUCUGCUUCGGUCACCAAGUGAGCCUUGUGGUGUUCCCGUUCAGCAGGCCCUUCUGGUCACUCUCUUCCUUAAUCUGUUCUACAAGUUUGGCUAUGGACCAUGGGAUGCCGGUUCUCUGUUGUGCCCAUGUGCUGCAGGUCCAAGCGGGACAGUCGCUGCUGUUAGCCUGUUACUAGUGCCACUGUCACGUAUGUUCAAGGGCUACACGCGUCAUGCAUUUGUAGUCCGUCCUAUCGGUGCCUGUGUGCGUGGCAUGCGUGCUCACAUCCCUUCAGCAUCAGUAUAAAUGUGUUGUCGAUCCCUUGCAAGCAGGCAGAAACCUCCCUCGUAGUCAUGCGGUCGUUUUCUGCCCUGCUGUUUGCAGUCCUCCUCACGGCUAGCAGGUCUACCUUAUCCUUGGUCAGCAUACCGUUGACAAAGCUUGAGCGUACUGGGUCAUACCUCCAAGGGGCUCCACAUGCUGAUCGUGCCCGAGCGUCGUUCCUGAAGAGCCGAACAACCACCCCGACUUCAAACUUGGCAUACGUACAGUACACCACGAGUGUUGGCGUUGGUAGCCCCGCCACCUACUAUAAUUUGGUUGUUGACACGGGUAGUUCCAUCACUUUUGUCGGAACGGGCAAAAAGUAUGUCCGUACAUCAACUAGUAUCCCCACUGGACAGGAUGUCAAUGUCACCUAUGGGAGUGGCUUUUUCAGUGGUGUCGAAUACUAUGAUACGGUAACUCUUGCAGCUGACUUCGUCAUCACGAAUCAGUCUAUUGGCGAUGCUCUUCAAUACUCGGACUUUGAAGGCGUCGACGGCAUCAUCGGCGUCGGGCCAGUUGCUCUUACGCAGGGCACUCUGUCUCCUGAUAUUAAUGCGUUGAUUCCAACGAUCAUGGAUAACGCUCUGAAUCAAGAUCUAAUAAAAAAGCAGAUUUUGGGAGUUUCAUUCGCGCCGGCCACGGCUUAUAAUGAUACUAAUGGGGUGAUUACAUAUGGUGGCAUUGAUCAUGCUCUCUACAUCGGUAAAAUAACCCACGUUCCAGUUACCGAGACGUCGCCAGCAUCCGCGUACUGGGGCAUCAAUGUCACCGAUUCGACAUAUGGUACACACACCAUUAUUCCUCAGUCAACCGCCGGCAUCGUCGAUACGGGCACCACUCAGGUUCUACUUGCGGAUGAUUUCUUUCAAGUGUACUUGGAUGCCAUUCCUGGCGCCUACACCGACGACAACACCGGCCUCAUUGUCAUUCCAUCUUCUUCCGUCGCGGGCAUGCAACCCCUUAACUUUAAGAUCGGCGGCCACGAGUUCAGUAUGGAUACAGCUGCACAGUUGAUCCCACUAGAUCAGAACACUGCGUGGGGAGGCCAGGAUGGCGUACAAUACGGCAUUGUCGGUUAUCUCGGCACUGACAGUGGCGAGGGAUUCGAUUUCGUCAUCGGACAGAAGUUCAUGGAGAAGUAUUACGCUGUUUUUGAUGGCCAUGACAACCGUGUUGGCUUUGCAUAUACCGAACACACUUUUUCGACGUACUCGCCUUGAAUUGUCAAGGUGGUGGCAUUAUCAUCGCAUGUUAGAAAAGCUGACGAUAUAGACAGCAGCUACACACCAGUUAUUUCUACAAUAUAUCUAUCUACCUUACGUCCACCACAUCAUGCUAUGCUGUGCGUUUUUGACUGUAUCAUUGCACCUAUGCAACAUAUGAGUGGCAACGAGGCCUAUCUGGUCUAUUUGCUAUCUGGAUAUCCUGGUAAUGCACGAUGUGGAAUACGCUGACCUUGUAAGUUAGUCUCCCGUAGGCGGAUU